GGCUUUCCCGGCCUGCCUUGAGCGCUGGCGUCGUUGGCCACGUCCCCGGGCCACGUAGCUGCUUCUCGCCAUUUUUCCAGCCUGUAAGCUGCUCGCUUGCAAGAAGACACAGCUUGAGUCGCCGCACCAAGUCGCAGUCCGACAGCCCGCCAUCAGUCGCGGUGAAGAAGAAGCCUCGCAAACACCGCGCGGUGUGACACAGAGAGAAAGAAGCCGAGAGGCGCUGAUCGUUGUUUUCUGCCCUCCUCAUCUGGAGCCGCCGACCCAGUGACUUGAGUUCCCCGCUUCAACCACCCGGCAGCAUGAACGUCUUCAGGCUCACCGGCGAUCUCUCGCACCUUGCGGCCAUCAUCAUCCUGCUGCUGAAGAUCUGGAAGAGCAGGUCGUGUGCAGGCAUUUCUGGGAAGAGCCAGGUCCUUUUUGCACUGGUGUUCACUACCCGCUAUUUGGAUCUCGUCACCUCUUUCAUUUCCCUCUACAACACUAGUAUGAAGGUCAUUUACAUUGGCUGUGCGUAUGCCACAGUCUACCUGAUCUACAUGAAGUUCAAGGCAACCUAUGAUGGCAACCACGACACCUUUAGGAUUGAGUUCCUGGUGGUCCCAGUGGCUGGCUUAGCUUUCCUUGUCAACCAUGACUUUUCUCCACUUGAGAUCCUGUGGACCUUCUCCAUUUAUCUGGAGUCGGUGGCCAUCUUGCCGCAGCUGUUCAUGAUCAGCAAGACUGGAGAGGCCGAGACCAUCACCACCCACUACCUGUUCUUCCUGGGUCUGUACCGAGCGCUGUAUCUGUUUAACUGGAUCUGGCGUUUCUGUUUCGAGGGCUUCUUUGACCUCAUUGCCAUUGUGGCAGGCGUGGUGCAGACUGUCCUCUAUUGUGACUUCUUCUACCUGUAUGUCACAAAAGUACUUAAAGGAAAGAAGCUGAGUUUACCUGCCUAAGUGCCAAAGAAGAGCCGCAGCGCAGCCUGCCCUGGGAGCCGCCGGGGCAGAAGCGACCUUUGCCACAAGCUAGUGUAAGAUGCGUCAGACAGAGCAAGCAGAAUGAACCUCCACCACCACCACCUGUGUACACCUCGGUUUUAUGACGGCCGACUCCUGACCCACCCGGAGGGCGAUGCCUUCCACCUCGGGACUUCUGUUUUAUGCAUCUUGCCUCACUUAUUUUUUUUUUAAAUUUCUCCGUGUAAAGAGUCCAAUUUUUCUACCUAAACAAGUGUACUCCUGAGUGACUUUUUUUCAGAUGAAUUGAUUGUUUGGGGGUCAAUAAAAACAAAGAAAAAGGAACGAAAAUAUUCACAAUGACCAUGAUUUCAGUCAGAAGUGAACGAUGCCUACACAUUGAAGGUGAGCAUUUAAUACUGAGAGGUGCCAAAAGUUGACCCCCUGACCUUAUGGGGUAAUAUUGGGGGGGGGGGAUUUUGUUUUAGUUUGGGCAUUUUAGAGAUGAACCCCUAUUUUUGAAAUUAUCAGAAUCAAUUUUGGUUUAUUAAUGUGGUGAUUGGGAACACUUUGAUUGGCCUGACUGACCACCGCAGCCUUACUGGGAUAUCCCACCAAAAACCCCGCCCCCCCCCCCCCCCAUCUUGGCUGCUUAUUCCCUCUGGCUUAAUACAAGGUGGCCAACCCCAACCUGCUGCUAAUCUAAGAGGACAGCAGUAGAACUGAAAGCUGCCGACCAUCCCUGUGUGGCCGUGUAUGGCUGUGUCAUGAUGACCACUUGACCUUACUGUAAAUAGACCACCCUUAGGACGCUUUGCUGGAAUAAUGCAAUUUUUUUUUUUUUUCUUUGCUAGACACUACGCUUCAGCCAGGAGUACACUGUACCCCCCCCCCCCCCCCCCACCCCCUUUCCUGAGCACCAAGUGACCUUACGUCACGUCAUCCCCCACCAUGGUGUUUGGUUUUUAAGUCCAGUGGCGUAGCGUAGAGCUGCCGUGCUGUUGUCACUUCUGACUUUUUUUUUUUUUUUUGUUUUUCCCCCUGGGUUGGCCAGUGUGGACAACAAACUGCAUUUGUAUAUAAUUGAAAGAUUAGGAGACGAGUGACGUCCAUCCCACGGUGAUGGACACCGGCGGCCAGGUGCAGCGGCGGGCUUCACAGCUCAGUGUUUCCUUGUUGUGUUUUUUUUUUUUUUUUUUUGUUUCUGUCAUCCCCUUACAACCCCCCAUUGCAGUAAUUUGACUUUUUAGCAUUUACUUUUGAAUUUUAAGUUGUGUCCAUUUUGAAAUGCCUGCAGUGAAGGUGCUUGACUUUUUUUUUUCUUUUUUUCUCCUCCCUUUCAUUGUCAUGCCUUUCAAAUCUUUUUCUUUUUUUUUUUUUUUU